AUGAGAGGCUUCCUGCUGGGAGGUCUCUUCUCCCUCCUGAUCGUUGAAGCGAUCGGAUUCGACAACACGCGAGCAGGAAAAUAUCUCGUCUUCAGAGAAUCCUCGAGCUCCUUUAUGAGCGUGAAUUCUUCCUCUCUACAUUCUUUUUCUUCUUUGACGCUACAAUCUUUCGUCCGCGUGGUUGAUUCGCGCUUCUCAAGCCCCUCCUCUUCCACUGGCACUGCAUACAUCCCCAUCAUGGGCAACAUGAAGAACAGCACCAGUAAGGGUUACCAACUGUCGUACAGCUGGACGGGAGCGAGCGGCAGUAGCUCCUUCUGCCUCCAGGCGUUUCUGAGCGAAAGCGCGAGCUCGUCAAAGCUCGAGCAAGUUUGCACCAACAUCAAUCAGGCGAAGUCAGACUGGUGGCUGCUGACUGGUCGCAUAGAAGUGACCGGCGGCAGCACCGUCACCCUCUAUCUGUACGCGAGAAGCAGCAGCGCAUCGCAGUGGGCGAUCGAGACCAUGUCGAGCAGCGCAAGCUACUCUCGUCCCCUCGCCCUCGAGCCGUUUGCCCUCUUCCAGGUGGGCGCCGGCAGCGGGUCCAGCAAGAUCUAUGCGAACGUGGACCUUGACGAGAUUCGGAUCUACCGCGAUGUCGCGCUCAACACCCGAGACUUGUACGAGAGCUCCACGAGCUGUCCCGUCUCCUCGCAGGGUCUCUUGCUCAACGUAUCUGACCUCGCGAGCAUCUCCAGCUCUCCCCCUCUUCAGCUUCAGUCCUCCGGGGUCACUGCUGCCUCUGCUGUGCAGCUCGUGCCGCCUGCACAUGGGCAGGACCCGAUGAAUCAGACGUACCUCGACCGAGCGCCUGUCGCUGUUGCCAGGUCCUCAGGGGCCUUGACCGUCGACCGAGUCAAUUAUAGAGCCUUCACAGGGCUACCGUUGGACGCCUGGAGGCUUCAGACAGACCUCGGGAUAAUCGACGAUGCGACCCCAGCAGCGAUGGUGUUUGUGGAUGCGAACACCAACGACAAGGUGAUUCAGAAAGAGUUCCUGGUCUACAAUCAGAUGGCCAUAUCCGAUGUCUCUGUUCAAACGUAUCCCAACGACGCUGCGUUGGGAUGCUUCGACAGCAACUGCAUGGCUGUAACUUGGAAUUUCUGCCUUGGCCCCUUUCUUCCCGGUCUCAACUUGUGCAACCGUACUGCUCCCAAGUUCUCAUACCUCAGUAAGACUUGGAGCGUUCCGUCCGGCCGAGGAUGGAAGAUAUCGAUUGCCUACACCAACCAAGUCUGCUACCCUCCCCUCUCCGCCAUCUUGAAGUACGAAAGCAUGUACGUCUUCGAAGCUGCUCCGGAAUGGGCCUGUGUUGGCGAUCUGUUUCCUCUUAGCCAGGAUCUGAAGGACUGCGCCAUCCCGAACCGAGUCUUCAACCUCACGGUCGGAGAGACGGUCAACAUCAACUUCUAUGCUUUCGAUCGCAACGUGGACGACCGAGUCAAGAUCGACUAUGCCGACUACAGUCAGCGGCCUGCCUCAGGUAGCCUCGUGCACGCAGGCGCAAGCAGCUUUCAGCGAUCGGGCUACACGUUAUGGAACCAGACGUUCUCGUUCAAGGCGAGGGAGGUCGACCGAGGGCAGUCGUACAAGAUCUGCAUGCGAGCCACCUCCUACCCCUCUUCGGGCAGCCAGGCAGCGUACGAGGCCUACGUGGGCGACGCGAUCGCCACGAGACCAGAGGGAACCUGCGGGCAGGGAGGAGCCUGCCUGCCUGCCUCGCUUGUGGACCGCUGCUUCUCCAUCGGCAUCUCUCCCAACAUGGUUCUCUUCGGCUGCCCCUCCUCCAGCUCCGACUGUGUCCCCCAGGACUACGAGGCUGGCGGGCGAUAUGCCGAAGGUGCUGUGAUCCGCUUCCGGGCGACUGGAAGCAGCUGCGCAAGCCCGGUCUACCUCAACGCUCGCUACCUCCUGCCAUGCGCCGAUUGCUCGCAGAGCCUUGUCAGCAUAGUGGUGGACCCCUACACCCGGGCCCCGAGCAACUUCCGCAUCACGAGGGUGGCAGACAAGUUUCAGAUCGACUGGACGCCCUCCCUCCAAGACUUCGCCGCCUCCCUAUGCCUUGUCGCUCAGUCCACCAUCCCCAUCAGCGCCUCUCGCCGCUGCUUCCAACUCCGCGUGCUCAAGUGCCGGCACUGCUUGCGAGAUGGAGAGACGCUGCAGGAUGUGGGGAAGCUCUACGGGACUGACUGGCUGCAGCUCUACAUGUCAAACCCUCACCUCACAAACCCCGACGACAUUCCGAGCGCCUAUGCUGACCUCAGCAUCGGGGUCACCUACCGGGUGCGACCUGGCGACUACAUCGACCGCCUAGCCGACAAGUUCCUCAUGACUAGGAGCCGGUUGGAAGCGCUAAACCCCGAGCUCAAAGUCAACGACGUCCUCCAGCCGGAGCAGGAGAUUUGCAUCCUUCCCCCGGUGUGCGACAUCGAGUGCUUGUUCGGUUCCCAGUGUAAAAUUAUUUGA